CCAUUGUUAAAAGACAACCAAGGAAACUUGUAUUUGAACUUGUGAAUAUGAAAGUGGAUCAUAUAGUGGAAUGUCUUUUAUUAGGGUUAGGCUGGUUUACAAGAACUCCACUGGUUAAUGUUAGGACAAUGGCAUAGCAAGGAGAGGAAAUCUGAAGCGUUUAGUCACUGGAGAGCGAGUUUAGAUAAGGAAGUAGCAGAAGGUUACACCUGUGAAAGGUUACAUAGGAACUUGUGUAUCGUUAUCAUGAAGUCUGCGAGCAAGGCAGACCUGUCUGACUUUGGUAAGAGAUCUGGUAGUCUUAGCUAGUUAACAAAUUGACUAAUGAGCUAAUAUAGUUGUGGAUUACCUUAGAGUAAGGAGUUAAGUCUGUUUUCUAGCCAUCAAGCUUAGCUGUCAAAUCUGGGAAGAAUAAAUUAUAAUCUAGGUGUCAUGUAUUAAUUAAAAUGACAGAGGUUGGUCUAUAGUCCAAAAAGUUUCCAGGUCCCUGUGGUCUCCAUGGCAACUUGGGCAGAGUCGGUCUGUCAGGCCCAGAAGAUGAAAAACUUUUUCCUGCAGAGUAAAUACGUUUGAAAUGAGAAAUGACCAACCUUGACUUAAGCAUUAUAAGACAUUUGACUCUCAGGGUAUCUUGUUUGUCCACAGUAUAGACCAGGCCCUGGCAGGGGACAAGGCAAUGGAUUGGUGCUUCUCAGUGGUUGUCAUAUCACAAUCCAGCAGUCUUGUCACUGUGUCCAUUAUCUUCUCGGAGACCUUGGGGAGUCACUAUUAGGCUUUGGAAGUCUCUGUCUGUCAUAAACUUAAACGUUAUUAUAUUUAGCAGAUUUCUGUAUUUAAGGCAGUGAUCUUUAACCUUUUACUGUUUAGAAAUCUCAGCCUUAGCGCCAUCUUCCUUGAAACUAUUGCGCCAUGAGUGGCAGAAAAAGCAAAGCGCUAGAGAGGAAAGAUGAGGCAGCAGUUCAAGUAUCUUAGAACAGCAGAGACAGGCAUCCAGAUGAAUCUGAGCGGAACAGUGCAGCUCGCUUGGCGGCCUGUGGUGGCCGCUGUGGCCGAGCAAAGUCCCUGCAAGAAGGGCGGGAUGGAUGGCUGUGGGAAGGCGGAGCGGUUGCGGCAACAAGCUCAUGUUGGGACUUGUCCUGCUACUUGUGAUAUUUUGGAGACACAUUCAGCAUGAACAGGAAGUCAGCCAUAGAAGGAUGGAAGACUUUCUGCAGCUCUGCUAGCGGGGACCAUGGAGAGGAAGGAGGACGACCUUAAAGGAGGUUGCUGGAAUCAGCCAGCUGUGGCUGAGGAGUUUGAGACCCUCAAGGAUUUAGCCAUGGAUUUCACCGUGGAAGACUGGAAAGACCUGGAGUCAGAGUGGGACCAGAGAGACCUGUUCUGGGAUGUGACGCUGAACCACUACCAGGACAUGUUCUCAUUUACAGAUACUUCGCAACCCAGCCUGACUUCCCAGCCAGAUGUCAGGGAAGAGCUGGAAGCCACCAGUACUGAAGUGCCUGAGACCAAGAGCUCUCCUUUGCAGAGUGGUUUCGUAGAAGAAGACUUCUCCCAGAUUAUGGAGAUAUUUUCCAACGGGCAACUCAACUUUGAAGCCUGUAUAGGUGAGGAUUGGCUAAAUAGUUUUCUCGGAGAUCCAGAAAGUCUUCCAAGACCUGACAUCAGCGACAAGGAAAGCCCCGCGGAUCAUCAGAGUCCUGAGUCCAAGAGCGGCCUCAGUCCUGGGCCUCCCCUUUGCACAAGAGAGGAUGCUGUGAUGUCUGCUAGUCCUGAAAAGACCCUCACUCCAGUGAUACUGAAGGAAUCCAGGAGUGACCUGAGCCAGGAGGACUCUGUCCAGGGACACGAGAAGCCAUAUAAGUGUAGUGAGUGUGGGGAAAGCUUCAGCCAGAGUCACCACCUCAUCCAGCACUGGGUUCUCCACACCUCAGGGGAGCCUCCUAUAUGGCGAGAGCAGCAGCGAGGUCUCAGCCAGGGUGCUCACUUUCCCAUGUGUCCAGGGACUCCAGCAAGCUAUGAAUCCUACACGUGUCAGGAGUGUGGGAAAAGGUUUAGUCAGAAUGUGUACCUCCAGUGGCAUCAGAAAAUCCACACUGGAGAAAAACUUUGUAAAACUCAAAGUGACAGCAACCUAGAAGGGCUCUCUAGGAGUCCGAGUGUCGAGCCAGGAAAGCAGCGGCUGAGUAAAGACACUGACUCAGCAAAACCGAGUACCAUUCACGGUCAGGACCAGGAAAAACCACCUACUGGUGAAAGUCGUGACCAAGAAAACCUGCAUGAGAGCCAGCCUGGUGACAGGCCAUCCGUUCUUCAUCCAAAGCCUCUUAGGCAUCAGAAGACUCCUACAAACGCUAAGUGCUUCAGAUGUAAGAAGUGUGGGGAGACAUUCAGUGGGGCCUUUCAUCUAGCUAAACACCAGAGAGCCCAUGCUCAGAGACUCUACAAGUGCGCUUCGUGCCCUGCCGUCUUCAACCUAAGCAAGCAUUGCUUCCAGCAUCGCAAGUCACAUUUCCCCAGCGCGGCCUGCGAGUGUCAGGGAUGCAGAAAGAGCUUUAAUUGGCGGUCAUCACUCAUUAAGCACCAGGCUAUUCACAAAGGAGAGAAGCCGUACAAGUGUGAUGAAUGUGGUAAAGCUUUCAACCACUCCUCCACCCUGAAGAUCCACCAGAGGAUCCACAGUGGACAGAAGCCUCACAAAUGCAGUGAGUGCGGGAAAGCCUUCUGUCGGAGAACAGAUCUUACUGAGCAUCAGCGAGUCCACUCGGGCUUCAGACCCCAUCAGUGUCCCGUGUGUGCCAGGACUUUUAACCGACCUUCACACUUAGUUCGACACCGGCUGAGACAUGCUGAAGAAAGGCACUUUGGCUGUGCUAAAUGCAAGGAGACCUUCAUCUAUAAAGAACAGCUAGAGCGGCACAAUAAAAUCCACACCAUCGAGGGCUUGUAUGAGUGUAAGCAGUGUGGAGAACACUUCAUUUGCAGGUCAACUCUGAAUUGCCACCUGAGCAUACACAUUAGAGAAAAUACAAGUGAGAAAGUUGUGGGUCAGAACUCACAGCACACUGAAAAAUGCUUUAAGAAUACCAAGUGUAGAAAAGCCCCUAACCACAGCAGAUACCUAGGGCAGCAUGAGAAGAUUCAUGCCCAGGUGACAUCCGGUGAGUGUGACCCAUGUGGGGAAACCUAUGACCAGAGUGUGCAGCCCAUUUGCCAUCAGAGCAUCUGUGCUGGUGUGAAACCAAGUGAAUGCGCUGAGCCUGAGAAAUGCACGCGAAACACCUCUGCCAGUGAGCACCAUCCUUCCCAAAGGGAACCAUCCUUCAAGUGUGACAUAUACAACAGGGCCUUCAAACAGCGUGCCCACCUUUCAAAACAUCAGUUGAUUCACAUCACUGAGAAGCCCUUUAAAUGCAACGAAUGUGACAGAGCCUUCAAGCAGAGUAACUACCUCAUUCAGCAUCAGAAGACUCACACUGCAGAGAAGCACUUUGAAUGUAGCGAGUGUGGGAAAACAUUUCAUCAGCGAUCAUGCCUUUCUAAGCACCAGAAAAUCCACUCAGGGGAGAAGCCCUUUAAGUGUGGUGACUGUGGGAAAGCCUUCAUCUCUGGUGCCCAGCUCAUCCGACACCAGAGAAUUCACACUGGGGAGAAGCCGUACGUCUGCCAGGAAUGUGGGAAAACCUUCAGCCAGAGCUCGUGCCUUACCCUUCACCUUAGAAUUCACACUGGGGAGAAGCCGUACACAUGCGGCACGUGCGGGAAAGCCUUUGCUCAGAGAGCAAACCAGAGGAAGCACGAGAGAAUUCACACUGGGGAGAAGCCCUAUGCCUGCGGGCUGUGUGGGAAGGCCUUCGGCCUCCGCACCCAUCUCCAGCAACACCAGAGAAUUCACACCAAGGCCAAACCAUAGAGUUCAGACUACUGUCAGGACGCCUGACAGCUCCACUGCUCUGAGCAAACGUCAGAAACUUUACACUUGUAGCAAGUAACACUGCCGAGAGCCGCUUGGUUACAGCGGAGUCCCAUACUUCUGAAGGCCUUCAUUUGAAGCCAGCCAUUGAAACCAACCCAUUGCAAACCUCUGCUCUCUAUAAGUUCUAAUAAAAAUUGCUGAGGCAGAUUGUACAGACGCAUUUCAUCUAGACCCGCGGUUCUCAACUUUCCUGAUGCUGCGACCUUUUAAUACCUCAUGCUGUGGUGACCUCCAACCAUAAAAUCAUUCUGUUGCUACCUCAUAACACUAAUUUUGUUUCUGUUAUGAAUCGUACUGUGAAGUUUUCCAGUGGUCUCAGGAGAUCCCUGUGAAAGGGUUUUUCCACCCACAAAGGGGACAAGACCCACAGGCUGAUUUCAGAAGCUAUGUAAUGUCAGGAUUUGGUGGUAGACUUUAGAGCCGGUCCACCUGGAUAGAAUUCCAGUUCUGUCUUCCUAAUUAGCCUUGGAAAAAUCAGAAAAGCUUAUUAGUUUCCUCAUCUGUAAAAUGUGCAUAAUAUCCAUAUUCCUCAGGGCUAUGGUGAGGAUUAAAUUUUGAGCAUCUGAUACCUGGCACACAGGAAAUGUUUGCUAUUGAUGAAGUGUGGAUGAGUGUCUAACUAUCUAGUACAAAUAUAAUUUUAUGAUAAAGACAAGAAAUAAAGUGUUCGCUGUGGUUAAUGUUCA